AUGGCGUCGCUGACAUCGACCCCCUUCAUGCUGUCCACCUCGGAGCAUCUGUCCUCGGUGUCGCAGAAGCACACAUUCCUCAGCUCGUUUCUCCCCAAGAGGCAGGGCGGAGGCGGCAGGGACGGCGGCGCCGCUGGAGCCCUGCGGGUGCGGUGCGCCGCCAUCGGUAAUGGGCUCUUCACCCAGACCAAGCCGGAGGUGAGGCGAAUCGUGCCGCCGCCGGAUCAGCACCGGGGGCUUCCCCGCGUGAAGGUCGUGUACGUGGUCCUGGAGGCGCAGUACCAGUCGUCGCUGUCGGCGGCGGUGCGGGCGCUCAACGCCGACCGGGAGUACGCCUCCUUCGAGGUGGUGGGGUACCUGGUGGAGGAGCUCCGCGACGAGGAGACCUACGCCGACUUCUGCCGGGAUCUGGCUGACGCCAACGUCUUCAUCGGGUCGCUCAUCUUCGUGGAGGAGCUCGCCCUGAAGGUGAAGGCGGCGGUGGAAAAGGAGCGCGAGCGGAUGGACGCCGUGCUGGUCUUCCCGUCCAUGCCAGAGGUGAUGCGGCUCAACAAGCUGGGCUCCUUCAGCAUGGCGCAGCUGGGCCAGUCCAAGAGCCCCUUCUUCCAGCUCUUCAAGAAGCAGAAGCAGUCCGCGGGGUUCGCCGACAGCAUGCUGAAGCUCGUGCGGACGCUGCCCAAGGUGCUCAAGUAUCUGCCCAGCGACAAGGCCCAGGACGCCCGCCUGUACAUCCUCAGCCUCCAGUUCUGGCUCGGCGGCUCGCCGGAGAACCUGCAGAACUUUCUGAAGAUGAUCUCCGGCGCGUACGUGCCGGCGCUGAAGGGCACCAAGGUCCCCUAUGAUGACCCCGUACUGUUCCUCGACAGCGGGAUAUGGCACCCGCUGGCGCCCACCAUGUACGACGACGUGAAGGAGUAUCUCAACUGGUACAGCACCCGGAGGGACGUCGACGAGAAGCUCAGAGGCCCCAAUGCCCCCAUCAUCGGCCUCAUCCUGCAGCGCAGCCACAUCGUCACUGGCGACGACAGCCACUACGUCGCCGUGAUCAUGGAACUCGAGGCCAGAGGGGCCAAGGUGAUCCCCAUCUUCGCCGGCGGGCUCGACUUCUCCGGCCCGACGGAGAAGUACUUGGUCGACCCCAUCACCAAGAAGCCGUUUAUCCACGCCGCCGUCUCGCUCACCGGCUUCGCUCUCGUCGGCGGCCCGGCGAGGCAGGACCACCCCAAGGCCAUCGAGGCCCUGCGAAAGCUCGACGUCCCUUACAUCGUCGCCCUGCCGCUGGUGUUCCAGACGACGGAGGAGUGGCUCAACAGCACCCUCGGUCUUCACCCCAUCCAGGUCGCUCUGCAGGUCGCCCUCCCCGAGCUCGACGGCGGCAUGGAGCCCAUCGUCUUCUCCGGCCGUGAUCCCAGGACAGGCAAGCUUUGCUCCCCCACCCCGUUCGCUCUCUUCUUGCCCCCGUCUGUUGAAUUGAACUGAACGCCGCCCUCUCCCCGCUGAUACAGGGAAGUCGCAUGCCCUGCACAAGAGGGUGGAGCAGCUCUGCACCAGGGCCAUCAGGUGGGCGGAGCUCAGGAGGAAGACCAAGGUAAUCAAUAAAAAAUUGCGCAGCCUGACCAGUCUCCGGGGAAAGGGGGAAGGUUGGUUCUCAUUGUCGUGGUCCCCGUGGGUGGGUUGAAUGUUCCAGGAGGAGAAGAGGGUGGCGAUCACGGUGUUCAGCUUCCCGCCUGACAAAGGCAACGUGGGGACGGCGGCGUACCUGAACGUAUUCUCCUCCAUCUUCUCGGUGCUCAAGGAGCUGAAGGAGGACGGGUACGACGUAGAGGGCCUGCCGGAGACGGCGGACGCGCUGAUCGAGGACGUGAUCCACGACAAGGAGGCCAAGUUCAGCAGCCCCAACCUGAACAUCGCCUACAAGAUGAACGUCCGCGAGUACCAGAAGCUCACCCCCUACGCCGGCGCCCUGGAGGAGAGCUGGGGGAAGCCCCCCGGCAACCUCAACUCCGACGGGGAGAACCUGCUCGUCUACGGCAAGCAGUACGGUAACGUCUUCAUCGGCGUGCAGCCUACCUUUGGCUAUGAGGGCGAUCCCAUGCGGCUGCUCUUCUCCCGCUCGGCGAGCCCCCACCACGGCUUCGCCGCCUACUACUCCUACGUGGAGAAGAUCUUCAAGGCCGACGCCGUUCUGCAUUUCGGCACGCACGGCUCGCUCGAGUUCAUGCCGGGGAAACAGGUGGGCAUGAGCGACGUCUGCUACCCCGACAGCCUCAUCGGCAACAUCCCCAACAUCUACUACUACGCCGCCAACAACCCCUCCGAGGCCACCGUCGCCAAGCGGCGGAGCUACGCCAACACCAUCAGCUACCUCACACCACCGGCGGAGAACGCCGGCCUGUACAAGGGCCUCAAGCAGCUUGGGGAGCUCAUCUCCUCCUACCAGUCGCUCAAGGACACCGGCCGAGGGCCGCAGAUUGUCAGCUCCAUCAUCAGCACCGCCCGGCAGUGCAACCUCGACAAGGACGUUGAUCUGCCGGACGAGGGCCUGGAGCUGAAGCCUGACGAGCGGGACCUGGUCGUCGGCAAGGUGUACUCCAAGAUCAUGGAGAUCGAGUCGCGGCUGCUGCCGUGCGGGCUGCACAUCAUCGGUGAGCCCCCGACGGCGCUGGAGGCUGUGGCGACGCUGGUGAACAUCGCCGCUCUGGACCGGCCGGAGGAGAACAUCCGCUCCCUGCCGAGCAUCCUGGCGGAGACCGUCGGCCGGCAGAUCGAGGACGUCUACCGCGGCAGCGACAAGGGCGUCCUCGCCGACGUCGAGCUCCUCCGGCAGAUCACCGACGCCUCCCGCGGCGCCGUCGGCGCCUUCGUGGAGAGGACGACCAACACCAAGGGCCAGGUGGUGGACGUGACCGACAAACUGAUGAACUCCAUGUUCGGCUUCGGCCUGGCGGAGCCGUGGGUGCAGUACCUCUCCACCACCCGCUUCCUCAGAGCCGACAGGGAGAAGCUGAGGAUCCUCUUCGCCUUCCUUGGUGAGUGCCUGAAGCUCGUCGUCAUGGACAACGAGCUGGGCAGCCUUAAGCAGGCCCUGGAGGGCAAGUACGUCGAGCCGGGUCCCGGAGGGGACCCCAUCCGCAACCCCAAGGUGCUCCCCACGGGGAAGAACAUCCACGCCCUCGACCCGCAGGCCAUCCCCACCACGGCGGCGAUGCAGAGCGCCAAGGUCGUCGUCGAUCGCCUGCUGGAACGGCAGAAGCUCGACAAUGGCGGCAGCUACCCGGAGACAGUUGCUCUGGUUCUCUGGGGCACCGACAACAUCAAGACCUACGGCGAGUCCCUCGCGCAGGUCCUCUGGAUGAUCGGCGUCCGCCCCGUCGCCGACACCUUCGGCCGGGUCAACCGCGUGGAGCCUGUCAGCCUCGAGGAGCUCGGCCGCCCCCGCGUCGACGUCGUCGUCAACUGCUCCGGCGUCUUCAGAGAUCUCUUCAUCAACCAGGUCCGUACCAGAGUACUACUAGCACCAGUAGUAGUAGCAGUAGUAGCAGUGGAUGACUGGUUUGUACUCACUAGGCUGUGGGUUUUUGGCGCAGAUGAAUCUGUUGGACAGGGCGGUGAAGAUGGUGGCGGAGCUGGACGAGCCGGAAGAGAUGAAUUUCGUGCGGAAGCACGCGCUGCAGCAGGCGGCGGAGCUGGGGACGACGGUGCGGGACGCGGCGACGAGGGUCUUCUCCAACGCCUCGGGAUCCUACUCCUCCAACAUCAACCUCGCCGUGGAGAACUCCUCCUGGAACGACGAGAAACAGCUGCAAGACAUGUACCUGAGCCGCAAGUCCUUCGCCUUCGACUGCGACGCCCCCGGCGUGGGGAUGACCGAGAAGCGGCGCGUCUUCGAGAUGGCCCUCGCCACCGCCGACGCCACCUUCCAGAACCUCGACUCCUCGGAGAUCUCCCUUACCGACGUGAGCCACUACUUCGACUCCGACCCCACCAAGCUCGUGCAGUCCCUGCGCAAGGACGGCAGAAAACCAGGCUCCUACAUCGCCGACACCACCACGGCGAACGCGCAGGUGCGCACGCUGGCGGAGACGGUGCGGCUGGACGCCCGCACGAAGCUUCUCAACCCCAAGUGGUACGAGGGGAUGCUCUCCAGUGGGUACGAGGGCGUGAGGGAGAUCGAGAAGCGGCUCACGAACACGGUUGGGUGGAGCGCCACCUCCGGGCAGGUGGACAACUUUGUGUACGAGGAGGCCAACGACACCUUCAUCAAGGACGAGCAGAUGCUGAAGCGGCUCAUGGACACCAACCCCAAUUCCUUCCGCAAGCUGGUGCAGACCUUCCUCGAGGCCAGCGGCCGCGGCUACUGGGAGACCUCCGAGGAGAACCUCGACCGCCUCCGCCAGCUCUACUCCGAAGUCGAGGACAAGAUCGAGGGCAUCGACCGUUGA